AUGGUCCGCAGCAUCCGUCUAGGCGUGAUUGUACCAUCCUCCAACACCGUCCUUGAACCGCUGACAUCGGCCAUAGCCUCAUCGAUUGACGACACCGAUGUUAAAGUGAGUGUUCACUACUCUCGCAUUCGCGUCACAACCAUCGACACAUCUGGCAAUGCAAAUGCUCAAUUUUCACUGGAGCCCAUGGUAGCUGCUGCUCAUCACCUCGCCGACGCCGCAGUAGACGUUAUAGGUUGGAGUGGUACAUCGUCGGGUUGGCUGGGGUUCGAACAAGACCAGGUUCUCUGCAAAGCCAUCCAGAAAGCCACAGGGAUUCCAGCGACCAGCUCAAUCUUGUCCUUGAAUGAACUCCUUCACAGAAUUAAAUCAAAGAGGCUUGGGUUGGUAACCCCCUACGUCGCCUGUGUCAACCAAGCUAUUCGAAAAAAUUACAAAUCGAUAGGCUACGAGAUCACACCUGGUCGGGAACGGUUCUUAAGCAUGACGAACAAUUUUGAUUUCGGCAACGUGGACGAGUCACAGAUUGAUGCGAUGGUGAGCGAGGCUGUCGAUGCAGGCGCUGAUGUCGUUGCUAUCUGCUGCACAAAUCUCCGCGGCGCAACAAGAGUACCGACAUGGGAACACGAUCACGCAAUCGUGGUCCUUGAUAGUGUGGCUACGACGGUCUGGGGCAUGCUACAAGUCACAGGAGUUGACCCAGGCUCUGUUAAAGGAUGGGGUUCACUUUUCAAGACGUGA